UAAACCAGAUUGGUAUGGGAAAGGAUAUGUGGUUCGUGUCUUUUCAUCACAUUACUCAGGUUCUCAAGGUGUCAAUAUUGCUUUUCUACCUUCGAAUUUUCCCUGACUGGAAGCUUCGUCGCGCUAUACAUGCCAUGAUCGGAGUCUGUCUCGCAUACAUUGUCGUCUUCGUCACCGUCACCGCUCUGCAAUGUAUUCCCGUCAACAUGGCCUGGCUGAAAUGGGACGGAGAGCAUCAUGGGAAAUGUUUGGAUUUGAACGCCGAUGGUUGGGCGUCUGCCUCCAUAAACAUCAUUCUCGAUCUGAUUGUUAUCGUCCUACCGAUGAAGCAACUGACAGUACUCAAUAUGAGCUGGCAGCGCAAGCUGGGCGUAAUAGUCAUGUUCCUUGGUGGUGGCUUCGUCACUAUCUUCGCGCACACAGACAAUGUGACUUGGGACUACCUGCCUGUUGGAUACUGGUCCGCAGUCGAAGCCCAAGUCGGUAUCAUAGUCGCCUGCGCACCCGCCAUCCGCUCUCUCCUCGCCCAGGUCCGUCAAAAGAUCUGGCCCAAACCCGUUACCCAACCAUCCUACUACGAAGACACAAAGAACAGCAGUAAGAGCAAGAGCAAAGCCGACUCUGCCCAACGCAGCUGGGGCGGCUCCAAGAUAGAUACACGCUCGCGCUUGAGCAGCAUUAGCAACCGCAAAAACGACUUUGUCCAGAUCGAUGAGUACGAGAUGGAUGUGGGCAACCCUCUUUCCCCUAGAGAUGAUAGAAGCACCGUGGCCGAGGAUUCUUCAGAGGGAUCCAUGAACCGUUCGUACACGCCGCAUGACGAUAUUGCGCCGUUGGCUGCUACAGCAGCACCGAUCGGGAGGGGCAUAACCGGCAUCAUGGUGCAAACCGAUUGGAGUAUUGGAAGAGAAAGUCGGGACCAUGGUAACCGUAGGGGCCUU